AUGAAAAAAAACAAAAAAUUCGUGCCGCGCUGCGACACAAUACCAUCCUCCGAGGAGGAUACCCUGCUGGCCUCCAGCCAAGAUACGGCUGAGUCAGCAAAGAGUACGGGAAGUACCAGCCAUAGCACACCCUUACCAAGCAAGCAACAACAACAACAAAAAGUUCUACCACAAACAUCGAAAAAGGCGGCAGACGGCACUCAGAGAGAGAGUCAGGCCGCGCGAAAACACAAAUCCGAGGGUGCUCUCAUGAAAUCUCGCUACACGAAGGCGAGGUUCAUUCUAAGCAAGAUUUCCAAAAAUGAACUCGCUGGAGCGACUGACGAGCGCGACGCGGCCGACAACUUAAAAUACCAGCAGGUGGUUAAGGAGUACGAAGGCUUCUUAUCCAAUAAACCUAAAGAGGACAACAAGAAAAAAGGCGAUGCGAUGAAAAGAAACAGGUCACAGGACGUGAUCGAUCAGGCACCGAAGAGACCUAAGGUGUCCAGCAGCAUCGAAGAAACAAAGCAACGACCGUUCAGUGAGGUGGUUAAGGAUAACCUCCUAUAUGCACUAAUCGACGAGUCCACAAACAGUGGCAAAGUGGUCCUGCAGAAGUGGGGGCAAGUGGAGGCCAAACUAUCCAAGCCCGUGUUAGACAAGCAUUUGAUUGGAGCACAGGGCGGAACUCUCCCUUCCUUCGACUCUGCAGCAGUACUUCGCGGCUGCAGGGUUAUCAAGUGCAACGACGACUGGUCAAGGGUUGUCCUAGAAAGGUGUGUUGCUGAGAUCAGCAGCACACUGGAAGGCUUAAAAUUUAAGCUCAUUCCGGCCAAGGACAUACCUUGCCCUCCUCGCGCUCGCAUGAUGGACUUGAGCGGUGCAGAAGUGCUGAAAUACCUGAAGUCACACAACUCUGCGGUGCCGAUGGACGACUGA